AUGACGCUAACCUUCAAAUUUACUCCUUCCUCGAUUCUCAACUCUUCCCGCUUCCUCCUCAUACGUACACCGGACGCUACCUUUCUCCGGCGCCGGCUGAUUCUUCCCUGUCAUUUCUACCGUGUUUAUCUCUCCCGUCGUCUCUCAUCGGAGCGAAUUUGGGGGAAUUCAAGUUUGCGUUGGCCAAGGAUCGAAUCGAUGGAGAAAUCCUGUAAAUGUGCUGUUUGCCACAAUUCGUUUCGUCCCUCAAUCUGCGUAGCGUGUGUCAAUCGCGGGUUAAACGAAUACAAAGUUAUCUUAGACUCGUUGAAGAGCCGUCGGGAGAUUUCAUACCUGAGAUUAAGUGGCUUGCUUAUCACAAAGGAAAAAGAAAUUAGUCAAAACUGUUGGAUGGAGCUUGAGAAGGAGAAGCUUGCUAGGUUACGGGAGAAGCUCCAGCUAGAAGUGGAGAAGUUGCAGCAAAGAAAAAGCACAUUUCGGAGGCUAUCUCACAAUCUGAAAGAGAGAUAUGACAUUAUCGAAUCAACUAACGUUGCUUUGGAGAAGAGCCGGGUUCGUCAACUGGAGAACCACUACUCGGAUACUAUUGGCAAUCACUACUUAGUAUAUAUCGACCUUACUUCAGAACGCCUAUAUAAACAGGCUUUGGUUAUGAAACAGAUCUGCAGAUUGUUCCCUCUAUCCAGGGUGACACUAGAGGGCCAUAACAAAGAUGGGCGUAGUGGACAGUAUGAUCAAAUCUGCAAUGCUCUCUUACCACAAGGUCUCAACCCACUCUCUGUUCCGCCAAAAGAGCUCGCUGCCUCUUUAGGGUACAUGGUGCAGCUUCUGAAUCUUGUAGUCCAUAAGCUCGCAGUGCCUGCACUCCAUAACUUUGGUUUUGGGGGUUCUUGUUCAAGAAUAUGGCAACGAGAUUCUUAUUGGAACUCUCAUGCAUCUUCUCCAAGCGAUGAGUAUCCUCUUUUUGUACCAUCCCAUGAUUACUACCCCUUCGAAGGGAAAAGCUCAUGGACGGGUAGAGACACAACAAAUUUUGGUGUCACUUCGUUGAAAUCCGAUGGAAGCGUAGAAGAAGACUAUCACGACCUAGACGUCGUCAACCUCUCCUCUGCCUCUCCUCAGUCCGUGGAAACAUUCAGAAACCUGCAGAGAGGAAUCGCAAAUCUGAAGCAAAGCGUUGCUCACCUAACUGCGUAUGGUUACAGUUCUCUGUCUCUCGAAGUUCCUUCCGGAUCAUCGACUUUUGAAACAUUUGCAAAGUUGCUUGCCACAUUGUCUUCACUCAAGGAAGUCCAAUCUGCUCUUUCCCUUGGUUUGUCAAGUUCCAACAAGCAGAGACACGAGCCGAACAAGUCCGUGUGGAAUUUGAACUCCUCGAGUUCCAGCACCUUGCUGAGCAGCUCUCAUAUCCAGCCAACAUCGUGGAACAAUAGCUAUUACAGUGUACCAAAUCGAGAUAGGAGCUACAUGGUGGAGUUUCCUGAAGUGAGGAAAGAUAAAAACUCUAUUGGUGAAUGGAAUUUGGUUGAGUAUCCUCAUUCUUUGAAUCAACCUAUGGUGUUUAAUCAUCCCAAGAACAAGAAGUACUGA